GAUGCUUCGAGUUUGGUUUUUCUUGCUCGCGGGUCUAAGUUUAGUCUUUGCGACUAGAAAAAUUCUAAGGGUACCGCUUUAUGUUAGGAGGAGCUUCAAUGGAAGUGAAGUCUUCCUGGCGAAAAAUUCAACCAAAGGAAGUGAAACACUUCAGCUGCUGCUACAAUCGCACAACAAUAUGGAAUAUUAUGGGACCAUAUCUAUGGGAAACCCUAGGCAAAACUUUAGUGUGAUCUUCGACACAGGAUCUUCGAACACGUGGUUACCCUCUGUGAACUGCCCGAUGAGUAAUUCAGCUUGUCAAAAUCACCGCAAGUAUAACUCUUCCGGAUCAAGUAGUUAUAUUCCUGAUGGCAGAAACUUCACCCUGCGAUAUGGAUCGGGAAGGGUGGUGGGUUAUCUAUCAAAGGACACCAUGCACAUUGCUGGAGCUGAGUUACCCUCCCUCACAUUCGGAGAAAGUCUAUUCCUUCAACACUUUGCCUUUAGUGCCGUAAAAUUUGAUGGACUAGUGGGCUUGGGUCUCGGAGUUUUGUCCUGGACCAAUACGACACCCUUUUUGGAACUCCUGUGCGCCAACCGAUUGGUUGAGAAAUGUGUAUUUUCGGUUUACCUCCGUCGAGAUCCGAGGGAGAUAGUCUUCGGCGGUUUUGACGAAACCAAAUUUGAAGGAAAACUGCAUUAUGUGCCAGUCAGCCAAUGGCGUACUUGGCGUACUUGGAGUCUUGAAAUAACCAAAACUUCAGUGGCAACUAAGCAAAUUGGCGGUAAAAGUAAUGCCAUCUUGGACACGGGAACAUCACUGGUUCUUGUGCCCCAACAAACAUACCAUAACCUGUUGAACACCUUAUCAGCUAAGCUACAAAAUGGUUAUUUUGUGGUGACAUGCAGAAGUGAACCCCUGCCAAAUAUUAAUAUUCUCAUCGGAGACAUGGUAUUUCCCCUAACACCCAGCAGUUAUUUAAUGGAAGUUAUAUUGGAUCGUAAACCAGUUUGUGUGUUGGCCAUUGCUCCCAUUAACAGGGGAUUUUGGGUACUGGGCGAUAUCUUUCUCCGCCGAUACUAUGCGGUUUUCGAUGCCACAGAAAGGAGGAUCGGAUUGGCCCAAGCUAAGUGAAGUAAUUGAUAAGUAUAUAAAGUGUAUAUAUUAUUUAUGGAUGGUUUAUUUAUUUAUAUACUGUGUGGCCAAAAACACAACAUCCGAAUAUUGUUUUAUAUCAUUUUUUAACCGUUUGUAUUUGGCGUUACAUUA